AUGAGUAUUAAAAGAAUGGGUCACGUGCCGCAGAUCAAAAACGAGAUGAAAAGUAUUGGUUUUGGGGCAAAGCGCACAUCAACCACGUGCGUGACGUCGCUGGGGUGGACCACGUGGGCCUUGGUGCUGGUUUUGACGGCAUCAGCCACACGACGACGGGACUGGAGGACGUGUCGAGGUACCCGCAGCUGCUGGCCGCACUCCUGGAAGACCCGUCCUGGAGUGAGGAUGACGUCAAGAGGCUGGCAGGGCUCAACCUGCUCAGGGUCUUCCGCCAGGUCGAGCAGGUACGAGAUAAAUGGCGGUUGGCAGCCGUGACGCCGGGAGAGGAUUUCAUCGCCAGUGCCAACCUGGAGGGCGCGGCCGGCAACUGCACUUACGUG